UUGCGCGACGACAACGGGUUCCUGCGCUCCGAUGAUAUACGGCUGGCGUUGGCGGCACUGGUAGUCCAGCGGAUACGCGCGCACAUCGCCGAUAAGACACAGUUCCGGUGCUCUGCGGGCAUCAGUCACAACAAAAUGCUGGCCAAACUGGCGUGCGGUCUGAAUAAGCCCAACGCCCAGACCCUACUGCCCCGGGCGGGUGUCGGGCAGCUGUUCCCGCGCAUCGACAUCAGUAAAGUGCGUUCAUUGGGCGGAAAGUUUGGCCAAAAUCUGAAGCAGGCGUUCGGCGCGAACACGAUGUACGACCUCAAGUGCCUGGAGUACCAACAGUUGGCCGCACAGUACGACCAAAAGACGGCCAAAUGGCUGACAGACGUGGCUAAUGGUUACGAUGACGAGCCGGUCAGCAAUAGACAACUGUCCAAAUCGAUCGGUUGCGGCAAAAACUUUCCCGGCAAAAAGGCGUUGACAUCCGCGGACGACAUCCGCCAUUGGGUACGACAGCUGUGCGAAGAACUGGUCGAACGGAUCACUCGCGACAAAGAGGUGAACAAAAGGGCGCCGAAGUUAAUGACAGUGAGCUUCAAGAUGGCCGAUAAGGACCACAACUCGCGGUCACUGCCGGUGGACCAGUGGCUAGAGGCGGGCCAGUUGGCGGAGCUGGUGAUGCGACAGGUGUUCCUGAAAAUGGCGAAACUGGAGCCCAUUGUGAACCUGGCGAUCGCUGCGUCCAAGUUCGUGGACGAGUGCGACGAGCCCUCACAUAACACCCAUAAACUGGACAACUAUUUCGCGAGAGUCACCAAAAGUCACGCCUUUGAGUGUAAUAACGAGUUCAUUGCCAAGAGGUUUAAGAGUUUGCCGACAAAUACGAAGACUUUGAACGACUUCUGGAGUGCGAGUAAUGUUAGUAACGAUUGUAACGAUAGGAGUGUUGAUAGCGAUUUGGCUGCGAGUAAGCCGUCGACGAGCUCUAGGGUUGACGAUAAUAAUGGCAGCGAUGUCGAGAUAAUUGAGACAAAUGUGGUGCCAAUGGAUGUGUCAAACAAUGGGACAAAUAUCGCCGCAAAUAAUGCAUCAAAUAAUACAUUAAACAAGAUUUCAAUCAAAUCAUUAAUUAAUACAUCAAAUAACGCAUCAAAUAAAGCAUCAAAUAAGGCGUCAAACAAGUCAUCAAAUAAGAUGUCAAAUACGAGUGACAUUAGAAAUAAAAAGACAACGAGUGGUGAGAAAGUGGUGACAAUACAAGAGCUGUUCCACCGAAAGGAGUUCGUGAGGAGAGGCUUCUUCUUCCGAAAGAUGAUCCAAUUGAAGGCCGAGCAGAGGGAACGGGAGGAGAGGGAGAGCCUGGAGAGGAGGGCCAAGAAGUUGGCGCAAAGGGAAAGGCGUGAGAGGAUCGAGAAAAGUGGCAAAACUAAGAUUACCGGUUAUUUUAAGCCUAAAACAGGGGCUAAGAAUUGAAUUGUAUGUGGAUUUGCGUGAAUCCGGAUAAUGUUUAUAUCGUUUUUAAUGUUAAUUAUUUAUAUACAGUAUUUUAUAUUUUAAACACAG